AUGACCUUCCUCAGCCACCUUCCCCUAGGUGACCUUCACUCAGCUGCCCCUUCUGGGGUGACCUACCCCAAGGAGACUCUAAGAGUCUCCACGGUGCUGAUCAGCAAGAAGAGAUCUGUCAUUGGAGUGUUCCUGGCCAUCACCCUGGUGGGCGUCCUGCUGUUCUUCCUGAAGUGCAGGAAAGUGCAUCUGGGAUGGACGGAGGAUGAGGGUUCUGCGGAGAGGGAGAUGUGGGAGCCGGUGGGCUGUGUUGGUGCCAACCAGGAGGCGGUGCACAGAGAAAAGGGGGUGCCCGUGGGGUCCUUCAUGCUGAAAAGCCCUUGGAGUUUGGACCUGAGGUGGCCCUUGGACCUGGAGAUUAACAUCCGUGCUGCAGACUUCGCCGAGCAUGUGAGGGGAAAGGAGGACAGCAAUUGGGGAUUUGCGGAGGAUUACCAGGUGGGCCUACGGCAGAGGGAAACACAGGGUCUGUGCAUCUGGACAGCGGCCGGAGCUGACCCCAAACCCGUCAAGAACCUCAAGGCUAAGAACCAGACCAACAGCUCCAUAACCCUGAGCUGGGAAGUCCCCGACGACCCGGACACCACGGGCUACAUCUACCGGGUCAACUGGACCCAACCGGAUGGCAAAGAUGAGACUAAAAGUAGCGCAAACACCACGUACAGGGUAGAGGACCUGCAGCCCGCGACUCAGUACACUUUCUGGGUGUCGGCGGUGAACAACACUCAGGAGAGCACAGCGGAGAAUGUCACUGCAUACACAAACCCCAACCCUGUCAGCAACCUCACGGCUGGGAACCAGACCACCAGCUCCGUCACUCUCAGCUGGGAAGAACCCAAGGACCCGACAAACGCAAGCUACACCUACAGGGUCAACUGGAUCCCAACGGACGGCACAAAUGGGACCCAAAACUGCACAGAAACCCCAUGUAUAGUACAGGGCCUGCAGCCCGCGACUCAGUACAAUUUCUCAGUGUUUGCAGUAAGCAACGGUCAGGAGAGCACAGAGAAGAACAUCACUGCGUCCACAGACCCCAACCCUGUCAAAAACCUCACGGCUGGGAACCAGACCACCAGCUCCGUCACUCUCAGCUGGGAAGAACCCAAGGACCCGACAAACGCAAACUACACCUACAGGGUCAACUGGAUCCCAACGGACGGCACAAAUGGGACCCAAAACUGCACAGAAACCCCGUGUAUAGUACAGGGCCUGCAGCCCGCGACUCAGUACAGUUUCUCAGUGUUAGUGGUGAGCAAUGGUCGGGAGAGCACAGCACAGAUCGUCACUGCAUCCACAGACCCCAACCCUGUCAAAAACCUCACGGCUGGGAACCAGACCACCAGCUCCGUCACUCUCAGCUGGGAAGAACCCAAGGACCCGACAAACGCAAACUACACCUACCAGGUCAACUGGAUCCCAACGGACGGCACAAAUGGGACCCAAAACUGCACGAAAACCCCGUGUAUAGUACAGGGCCUGCAGCCCGCGACUCAGUACAGUUUCUCAGUGUUCGUGGUGAGCAACGGUCGGGAGAGCACAGCAGAGAUUGUCACUGCAUCCACAGACCCCAACCCUGUCAGCAACCUCACAGCUGGGAACCAGACCACCAAUUUAGUCACUCUCAGCUGGGAAGAACCCGAGGGCCCGACAAACGCAAACUACACAUACCGGGUCAACUGGAUCCCAACGGACAGCACAAAUGGGACCCAAACCUGCACAGAAACCCCGUGUAUAGUACAGGGCCUGCAGCCCGCGACUCAGUACAGUUUCUCAGUGUUCGUGGUGAGCAACGGUCGGGAGAGCACAGGAGAGAUCGUCACUGCGUCCACAGACCCCAAUCCUGUCAGGAAACUCACGGCUGAGAACCAGACCACCAGCUCCAUAACUCUGACCUGGAAGGACCCCGAGGGCCCAGCCAACGCAAAUUAUACCUACUGGAUCAAGUGGACCAGACAUGAUGUCAAAAACAUCACGGACACCACAUACAAGGUUGAGGGCCUGCAGCCCGCCUCUCAGUAUAAUUUCUGGGUGUUUGCAGUGAGCAACGGUCAGGAGAGUACAGUGGAGAAAGUCACUGCGUUCACAGCUCCCAAUGAGGUCAUGGAUCUCCGCAAUGAAACACAAACCAACAACUCGAUCACACUGCGCUGGGAGACCCCCAGUGGCCCCCCAGGUCAGCUCUACAUGUACCAGAUCCAGUGGGCCAGUGGGGCACAAAGUCAGCAGGAGAAAACAAAUGGCACCUCCUAUAGGGUGGAGGGCCUCGAACCCGGGACUCUGUACAGCCUCAGCGUGAGGGCAGAGAGGAACAAUGUCACCAGCACCACACAGAGCCUCAGAGCAUCCACAGCCCCAGACCCCGUCCGCAUCUCCUCCUGCACCAGCGCCUCUGGGGGCCACGGGCUGGCCCUGACCUCUCUAUGUCCCCGGGGCGGCUUUGAGACCUUCCUGCUGGAGGUCAACGGGCAGCGGAUCUCCCUGGACAAUUCCUCCUGCGAGAGGGAAGUGGCCGUGUGGGGACUGCAGCCGGCUCGCUCCUACGUCACCAGCGUCCAGACCUUCUGGGACGGGAUGGUGGCCCCAGGGCCCUCUAUGACCUGUCACACCUCGAGUGCAGGGGUGAUCGCCGGAUCCGUCAUCGGGGUGCUCCUGGUCAUCACCCUGGUGGGCGUCCUCCUGUUCUUCCUGAAGCGCAGCUUCCACAAAGACAUCCGUGCUGCAGACUUCGCUGAGCAUGUGAGGGGAAAGGAGAAGGACAGCAACUGGGGCUUCGCAGAGGAAUACCAGCUCUUGGACCAGAAGGACCAGCCCCAGCCGCUUCAGACGGUGGCUUUGGCACCCGAAAACCAGAGCAAGAACCGAUACAGAAACGUGCUGCCUUAUGACUGUGCUCGCGUACCCCUGAAGCCGCUCCCUGGGGAACCAGGCUCUGACUACAUCAAUGCCAGCUUCAUACCUGGUCUCUGGGAAGCCCAGGAGUUCAUCGCCACGCAGGGCCCCCUGCCCCACACUGUUGGGGAUUUCUGGCGUCUGGUUUGGGAGCAGCAGAGCCACACCGUGGUCAUGCUGACCAACUGCAUGGAGUCCGGCCAGGUGAAGUGUGAGCAUUACUGGCCAUUGGACGCCCAGCCCUGCACCCAUGGACACCUCCAAGUGACGCUGGAGCACGAGGAUGUGAAGGAGAACUGGACCAUCAGGACUCUGAAGCUUCGCCAUAUGCAAGAGCAGAAGACGCUGCAGGUGCAGCAGUUUCAUUACAUAACGUGGCCGGACCACGGCGUGCCCCACUGCCCGGACCCCUUCCUGACCUUCAGGAAGCUCUUCCGCGAGAGGCUGGAACGUUGCUCCCAGGGUGGCCUGCCCGUCGUGCACUGCAGUGAUGGCGUGGGCCGCACGGGCACCUUCAUUGCUCUGGAUGUCCUGCUGCAGCAGCUGGAGUGUGAGGGCUGCGUGGGGCCCUUCCAGUAUGUGAAGAAGAUGAGGGGAAGCCGGCCGCUGAUGGUGCAGACUGAGGCCCAGUACGUGUUCCUGUACCAGUGCAUCCUGCGCUUUCUCGAACAGUUUUCGCCCAUCCCUUCUGAGGAUGAGGGCUUGUAUGAGGAUAUGAUGUACGAAAACGUGGGUGCCCUGUAG